AUGUGCGUCCUCGGCAUCCCCAGAGGACUGCUGCCCCCGGUGCUGCCCUUGGCGCUGCCCCAUGAGCCUGCUGGGCCUCAGGAGCUGCUGGGCUUCCAGGGCCCACCUGGGCAGCCUUCCCAGGUCUGCAGGCAGAGGGGCUGCUGGGCGUGCCUGGCGGCCACCAGCGGCCCCCGCUGGUGGUGGGAUGGAGUGGCACGUCCUGGGCACACCCUGCUGGGCCGGUCCCAGGGCAGUGGCUCCUCGGGAGGAACUGGGGCAGGCCUUGUAAAGCUGGGGAUUCACUGUGUCACAUGCCAGAAGGUGGCCAUCAAAAUUGUCAACCGGGAGAAGCUCAGCGAGUCUGUGCUGAUGAAGGUGGAGCGCGAGAUCGCCAUCCUGAAGCUCAUCGAACACCCUCACGUUCUAAAGCUGCACGAUGUUUAUGAAAACAAAAAAUAUUUGUACCUGGUGCUAGAACACGUGUCUGGAGGAGAGCUCUUCGACUACCUGGUCAAGAAGGGCAGGCUGACCCCCAAGGAGGCGCGCAGGUUCUUCCGGCAGAUCAUCUCUGCACUGGACUUCUGCCACAGCCACUCCAUAUGCCACAGGGAUCUGAAGCCAGAAAACCUUCUCCUGGAUGAGAAGAACAACAUCCGGGUGGCGGAUUUCGGCAUGGCGUCGCUGCAGGUUGGCGACAGCCUGUUGGAGACCAGCUGCGGGUCCCCCCACUACGCCUGCCCCGAGGUGAUCCGGGGGGAGAAGUAUGACGGCCGGAAGGCGGACGUGUGGAGCUGCGGCGUGAUCCUGUUCGCCCUGCUGGUGGGGGCUCUGCCCUUUGACGAUGACAACCUGAGGCAGCUGCUGGAGAAGGUGAAGCGGGGCGUUUUCCACAUGCCGCACUUCAUCCCGCCCGACUGCCAGAGCCUGCUGCGCGGCAUGAUCGAGGUGGACGCGGCCCGGCGCCUCACGCUAGAGCACAUUCAGAAACACAUAUGGUAUAUAGGGGGCAAAAACGAGCCAGAGCCAGAGCAGCCCAUCCCCCGCAAGGUGCAGAUCCGCUCGCUGCCCAGCCUGGAGGACAUCGACCCCGACGUGCUGGACAGCAUGCACUCGCUGGGCUGCUUCCGGGACCGCAACAAGCUGUUGCAGGACCUGCUGUCCGAAGAGGAAAACCAGGAGAAAAUGAUUUAUUUCCUUCUCCUGGACCGGAAAGAAAGGUACCCGAGCCAUGAGGACGAGGACCUGCCCCCCAGAAAUGAAAUAGACCCUCCUCGGAAGCGUGUGGACUCCCCAAUGCUGAACCGGCACGGCAAGCGGCGGCCAGAACGCAAGUCCAUGGAGGUGCUCAGUGUCACAGACGGCGGCUCCCCGGUGCCCGCGCGGCGGGCCAUCGAGAUGGCCCAGCAUGGCCAGAGUAAAGCAAUGUUCAGUAAAAGCCUGGAUAUCGCUGAAGCCCACCCCCAAUUCAGCAAAGAAGACAGGUCCAGGUCCAUCAGCGGCGCCUCCUCGGGCCUCUCCACCAGCCCGCUGAGCAGCCCCCGGGUGACCCCUCACCCCUCUCCGAGGGGCAGCCCCCUCCCCACCCCUAAGGGGACGCCCGUGCACACGCCCAAGGAGAGCCCGGCAGGCACACCCACUCCCACGCCACCGUCCAGCCCUGGCGUCGGGGGGGUGCCCUGGAGGACACGGCUGAACUCCAUCAAGAACAGCUUCCUGGGGUCACCCCGCUUUCAUCGCCGGAAACUGCAGGUUCCAACCCCCGAGGAGAUGUCCAACCUGACCCCGGAGUCGUCCCCAGAGCUCGCCAAGAAGUCCUGGUUCGGGAACUUCAUCAACCUGGAGAAGGAGGAGCAGAUCUUCGUGGUCAUCAAGGACAAGCCCCUGAGCUCCAUCAAAGCCGACAUUGUCCACGCCUUCCUGUCGAUCCCCAGCCUCAGCCACAGCGUCAUCUCCCAGACAAGCUUCCGGGCUGAGUACAAGGCGACAGGGGGCCCGGCGGUGUUCCAGAAGCCGGUCAAGUUCCAGGUGGACAUCACCUACACCGAGGGAGGGGCGGCGCAGAAGGAGAAUGGCAUCUAUUCCGUCACGUUCACACUCCUGUCAGGCCCGAGCCGCCGCUUCAAGAGGGUCGUGGAGACCAUCCAGACCCAGCUACUGAGCACGCAUGACCAGCCCUCCGCCCAGCAUUUGUCAGACACCACUAACUGUAUGGAAAUGAUGACGGGGAGGCUUUCCAAAUGUGGCAGCCCAUUGAGUAACUUCUUUGACGUAAUUAAACAACUUUUUUCAGACGAGAAGAACGGGCAGGCGGCCCAGGCCCCCAGCACGCCCGCCAAGCGGAGUGCCCACAGCCCACUCGGUGACUCCGCGGCCGCUGGCCCCGGCCCUGGAGGGGACGCCGAGUACCCAACGGGCAAGGACACGGCCAAGACGGGGCCGCCCGCCGCCCGCCGCGAGCAGCCUUAGACACAUAUCCCCCUCCCCCAACACGGCCCUGACAGUGGCCCCCAAGGCCGCCCCGCUGCCCGCCCGCCCGCUG